AUGAAGCGCAAGAUCGACCAGACUGAAGAGCCCGAGGUGGCUGCGACACCGACGAAGAAGCCCUCCGAGACGAAAGCGACAUGGGACAACCUGGGCCUGUCCCCAAGACUUCUCCAAGGCGUGGCUCAGCUCAACUGGCACAACCCCACAGAUAUCCAGGCCAAGGCUGUGCCUCUCGCACUCGAGGGACGUGACAUCCUCGCGAAGAGCGGCACGGGUACCGGCAAGACGGCCGCCUAUGUUCUGCCCGUCCUCGAGAAGGUCCUGCAAAGGAAAGAGAAGGAGGCCAAGGGGGCCGCCGCCGCCACAUCGGUCCUCAUGCUCGUUCCCACGCGAGAGCUCGCCGACCAGGUUCACAGGUCAAUCGAGUCGCUCGCGGCUUUCUGCGCCAAGGAUAUCCAGGCCGUCAAGCUCACCGACAAGGUCUCGACCACCGUCCAGCGUGCGCUCCUCUCCGCAAACCCCGACAUUGUCAUCUCGACCCCCGCCAGGGCGUGGGACAACGUCAGCUCAUCCGCCCUAUCGCUCGCCAACCUCACCCAUCUCGUCCUCGACGAGGCCGAUCUCGUGCUGAGCUACGGCUACAAGGAGGAUCUUCAGAACGUGGCGCGGUCGCUGCCCAAGGGUGUGCAGACGAUCCUCAUGAGUGCGACGUUGACGCCAGAGGUCGACACGGUCAAGGGGCUGUUCUGCAGGAACCCCGCGCUGCUCGACCUCGAGCAGCCCGAGGCGGAGGGCGAUGGCAUCACACAGUUCGUCGUCAAGUGUGCCGAGGAUGAAAAGUUCUUGCUCAUCUACGUCAUCUUCAAGCUGAAGCUGAUCCAGGGCAAGGCGCUGGUGUUUUGUCACGACGUCGACCGCUCGUACAAGCUGAAGCUGUACUUUGAACAGUUUGGCAUUCGCAGCUGUAUCCUGAACGCGGAACUGCCCGUGAACAGCCGUCUCCACGUGGUCGACGAGUUCAACAAGGGUGUGUACGACAUCCUCAUCGCGUCAGACGACAACGAGGUGGUCGGCGACGAAGGCCAAGAGGACGAAGGCGAGGAGGAGACGACAGAGGAGCCGAAGAAGGAGGCCAAGAAGUCCAAAAAGACCCAGCAGCAGCAGCAACAGCGUGCCUCGCGCAAAGACAAGGAGUAUGGCGUCUCCCGUGGCAUCGACUUCAAGAACGUCGCCGCCGUCAUCAACUUUGACCUGCCCACGAGCGCAAAGUCCUACACCCACCGCAUCGGCCGCACCGCCCGCGCCGGCCAGCGCGGCAUGGCCCUGUCCUUCGUCAUCCCGGCGCAGCACUACCGCGGCCACCCGCCCUCGUCGGUCGAGUCGGCCGAGCACGACGAGAAGAUCCUCGCGCGCAUCGAGAAGCAGCAGGCCAAGAAGGGCAAGGAGGUCAAGCCGUACCACUUUGACAUGGCCCAGGUGUCGGCCUUCAAGUACCGCAUGGACGACGCGCUGCGCGCCGUGACGCGCGUCGCCGUGCGCGAGGCCCGCACGAGGGAGCUCAGGCAGGAGCUCAUCAAGAGCGACAAGCUGAGGCGCCACUUUGAGGAGAACCCCCAGGAGCUCGCGCACCUGCGCCACGACGGCGAGCUGCGCGCCGCGAGGAUGCAGCCGCAUCUCAGGCACGUGCCGGACUACCUGCUCCCGGCCGAUGGCAAGAAGGGACUGACGGCGGACGAGGUGGGCUUCGUGCCGCUGAGGAAGAAGAAUGACCGCCGCAACAGCAGCCGUCGGGCGGGCGGGAAGAAGAACAGCAACAGGGUGUUCAAGGUCGGGAGGAAGAAGAGCGACCCGUUGAAGUCGUUCAAGGCCAAGGCGGCGAAGAAGUAA